AUGGCAGCUGCAGUAUACAACUCUCACCAUCCUCUUCUCCCCUCUUCCAGCAGUCAUGUCGGAUCCUUUUUGUCCCAUCCAGCUUCAUCUGACUCUGGCUCUGGCGAUAGUCAAACACAAGCCCCCAGGCCAGGACAUCAAUGGCAAGCAUCCAGCAUCUGGAGUUCUACUCCAGCACUAACAAAGAUCCCAGGCUAUUUCCUCCAGAUUCGACAAUCAAUCAAAAAAGACAAGGGCUUCCAACUAACCGCUCCCACCAAAUUCUUUGACAGUGUUCGCUUCUGGCAACAAGCAUCUGAAGGGUCUGAGGCAGAGCAAAGCAAGCUGCGCGACCGAAUCUUCGAGCUGGAACAACGGAAUGAGGGCCUUACUGCCAAACUGCGUAUGGGCGUCCUCACUGAUAGCACGAGGAAUCAAUUGUCAAAUGUAGCCGGUAGGAAUGUGGUCAGCGGAGAGCCACCCAGGAAACGAGCGCGGACGCUAAAAUUUACUCGAGGAGAGUUGCCUCCUGCUCUUGAAGAUGAACUUCCAAAACUUGAAACAGAGACUCUGUCCAUCCUCAGACAGCUCUACACUCUUCAAAAAGCGAUGCACAAAAAGACAGACCCCAAUCACCUGGCCACAGCAGCUGUCAUGCUCUGCAAGGUAGCUGAACGGGAACUGCUCACAGCAGGACAAAGGGAGGGCAGUGGAUCCAAAAACCCCAAUCCUCGAGAGACAAAACACUCAGAGCUCCCCGCUAUGAUCAACGAAGUCAAGCUGUCAUUUCAACUUGUGGGGCGUACUCUGGCCAAAUUGCCCAGCACAGAGGACGGCAAAAAGGGCCGCGGUCAAGUCACUUAUUACCUGGUGUGUUUAUUCGAGUCGACCAUGACGGCCCUCUCCCAACGCUGCAAUCCCAUUCAACUCAGCGGUCGAAAACAGAGGCUCAGAACCAGCACCAGGAUGAAAGCUCAAGUCAAUAAACAGACUCCGGUUGCUCCCACUCCUACAGAUGAAACACCCCGGCGGCUCACGGGCUUGCUCUACGCCAUGGCCCAGUCACUCGGUUUAGCUUGCUCUCCAGACCGGGAGGUUAUGGAGGGGCUUUUAUAUGUUCUUCUCGAACGUGUGGGCGAUAUACUAGCUCUGUCUGUCGGUACCAAUCAGGGAGCACCGCCGCGUGCAGCAUGCGAAGGGGUGGGACAUGAGAAUUUAUCUGCUCAAAACGUGCAAGUUGAAGGGCUGUAUCUGGUCUGGCUUUUAGAAAAGAUGCUUGCCCUCUUGACUAAAUCCCAAUCUUCAUGUUCUGCUGCACAGGACGUUAUUACCAAGGCCAAGGAUCGCCUUCAGGGAAUUCUACGGCAGGCCGCCCGGGGCUGCGAGAGCUCUCACACCCCGAGCUCAUUGAUACGUCCGGCAACUCCUCCACCCCAAAAGGUUGAUUGCCAAACAUUCAACCAGCAAACGUUCUCGGACUGGUUUCAGCAAGAGCUGUGGCGUCUGGCCGGCUAUGAUAUGCUGGCAUCUAUCCUGGCAUCAGACUAG